AUGGUGGCCGGAGCCCCAGCUAGGAUGGGCUUUCUCUGGGGCCUGGCUCUGCCCCUUUUCUUCUUCUGCUGGGUGGCUGGGGCUCCUAGGAGCUCUGCAGGCCCCAGCACCAGUGAACCAGGCCACACGGAAGUGCCUGCUGUGACUCCAGGGGUCAGGAUGAGCUCAGAGGGAGUCUUCCAGACCACUGACCUCACUGAGACCUCUAUGUCAAACCAUAUCUCUUUGGAAACUCAAACCCUAAGCACCCAGACCUCUGGUACGACUUUCCUCCCAGGCAGCACCAUUUCAGUAGCAGAGAACAGGGAAAACAAGACCAUGGCCCUCAUAAAAAUAAUGCCUUCCAAGUCCUCGGCUGUGAUCACCACUCCUAUGGAGACAUCAGCCACAAGCGGCAGCCCCACAGGACGUGGAAUGACCACAGUUGAGACCGUCACAGGCACUGAGCUCUCGAAAGCCGCCUUUGACACCCUUUGCAAUUUCGACAGCUCUGAAGAGGCAAAGAGAAUCACGGUAGACUUCUUGAAAUUAGCUCACACCGCUACAGAAGCCGAGGCCUUGUCCUCGGAGAGCAGCGCUUCCUCUGACAGCUCAGUUCCAGCCAUCACCGCCUCACAAGCCCUGUCACCUGACAUCGCUGCUCUGGCUAAAGCCUUGGUUACCUACAACAUCAGCAACAUCAAGGUGAUCGACUGCAGUGUUACAGAAAUGGAAGCAACUGCCAGCAUCCCUGGGACCUCAGACACAGAUCGCAGCCCCACGAGAGGAAAGGCCCUGUCUACCCCCGAGACAUCCGCUUUGCCUGACUCCACUGAAGCAAAAUCACACCUCGCCAGGACCACAGCCUCUGCUGAGACCUUGUCAGCAGCCAGCGCCACAGAAUCAGCCACACCUGACAUCACACUCACCAACAGUAGCACCACAGAAAUGGAAACAACAGCCGCCAGGGCCACGGCCCCCAGUGGAACCUUGGUGACAGUUAGCGUGAACCUGUUGGAAGAAAACUCAUCCCUCUCUGUUGAGACAACAAGCCACACCGAGGUCUCAGGAGCAGUGACAAUCUCCACAGGGACUGCGUCAACAGUAGGCGAGGUGACUUCCCCUGCUGGGUUCUCAGCUACGGUCUACAGCCUGUCUGAAGUGACUACCAUCAUGAGCUCUACCCCCUCAGAGACUUCUACCACUGACAUCACAUUCAGUGUGCCCACCCCCAACAGCAGGAGCCCUCUUCCUUCUGUCCAUCCGGCUACGGCCAACAGCAGUCAAGAAACAAACAUCACCUUAGCCAAGACCACAGCCUCAGCAAAGACCUUGAAGAUAGCCAGCACAGCUGGAGGGAAGCCCUCAACAGUCACGCCCACCAGUGCUCAGACAAGUCUGACAGAUGUUAGUGCAGGUGAGGAUGGAGGCUUCCUCCUCCUGAGGCUGAGCGUGGCCUCCUCAGAAGACCUCACUGCCCGCAGAGUGGCAGAGAGGUUGAUGCAGCAGCUCGACCAUAAACUGCAUAUGUUUAUGUCUCCCAUCCAAGUCUCCCUGCUGCGUGUCAGGAGGGGCUGA